AUGUCCUCCGCCAAAUCGCGUCUGUCCAGUUUGGCAGCGCAAAUCUUCCCUUCCAGUCCCCAGGGUCAAACCAGCAAGUCCAUCGACAAUCUCAGCAUCGACAACCACACCGUGGGCACUCUAUCGUGGUACAACAUCCAUACUCUUUCCCCAGCAUUCUUCCUGCCUCGCGCAGCAGCCAUCGAGCCCAAUGCUCCAGCCAUCUAUCACCGCACGGCCAACAACAAGAUCCUGAGAAGGUCAUAUAUCGAAUUCGCCGACAGAGCUCGAGGCUUCGCAUACUAUAUCAAGAAGAAGGGAUAUAAGAGGAUUGGGAUAUUGUCCACGAAUACCCCGGCCUUCCUCGAGGCGGUCUUCGGCAUUGGGGGCGCAGGCGCAAUCAACAUUGCCAUCAAUUACCGUUUGAAAAAGGACGACAUAGCCUAUAUCUUUGACCAUUCCGAUGCCGAUGCUAUUGUGGUGGACGCCGAGUUCCUGCCCUUGCUCGAUGACUACAGGCAAACCCAUCCCAACGUGCCUAUUAUCAUCGAUACAGACACCGAUGCCGUCGAGGGCCAGCUAUGUGGACCGUUUGAUGAAGCCGUGCUUGAGGGCCUGCAAUACGACUCCUCGCUAGGCUCUCGCGGCUGGGACGGUCUCGAGGCUUUGGCCCCCGACGAGCUUGCCGUCAAUGCUUUGGCAUACACAAGUGGCACAACCGCGCGGCCCAAAGGCGUCGAGUACACUCACCGAGGUUGUUAUUUGGGCGCCCUGGGCAAUAUAAUCGAAUCCGGUCUUGCAUAUCAUGAUGGCGAGCGCUGCAAGUACCUUUGGACCCUGCCAAUGUUCCAUGCCAUGGGUUGGACCUUCCCCUGGGCCGUGACUGCUGCGCGAGGAACCCAUUACUGUCUUCGCAAGAUCGACUAUCCAGAGAUAUGGCGGUUGCUGAAGGAUGAAGGCAUCACCCAUUAUUGCGCAGCUCCGACCGUCAACACUCUUCUGUGCGCUGAUUCCAAUGCCCAAAAGCUGCCCAACCCUGUGCGAGUCACUGUGGCGGCCAGUCCACCUACGGCCCAUCUAUUCGAGCAAAUGACAAACCUGAAUUUGCAUCCAGUACACGUUUACGGGCUGACUGAGACAUACGGCCCGAUCACGAAAGGUUAUAUCCUGCCAGAAUGGCACAAGUUCCCCAAUGUCAAGGACAAAUACGCCAAAAUGGCUCGCCAGGGUCACGGCUUUGUGACAUCACUACCCGCGAGAGUGAUCAAGACCGACGUACCUGAUGGCACCAUUAUCGAUGUCGAAAGGAAUGGGAAAGAGAUAGGAGAGAUUGUGUUCAACGGCAACAUUUGUGCUCGAGGGUAUUACAAGGAUGAAACCGCGACGAGAAAGCUGUUCCUGGGCGGCGUGUUGCACUCCGGAGAUCUAGCCGUGUGGCAUGAAGAUGGAGCCAUCCAGAUUUUGGAUCGUGCAAAGGACAUCAUCAUUUCUGGUGGUGAGAACAUUUCUUCCGUUGCCUUGGAAUCGAUGCUCGUCACGCAUCCCCAUAUUCUCGAGUGUGGCGUGGCUGCAGUCAGCGACAGCCACUGGGGCGAACGGCCCAAGGCAUUUAUAACGGUCAAACCCAAUGUCAAGGUGACGGGCGAAGAUGUGAUCAAAUGGGCGCGUGACCACCCAGGAAUCAGCCGAUUCAUGGUGCCCCGAGAGGUGGAAAUUGUCCCCGAGUUGCCCAAGACCAGCACGGGCAAGAUCAGGAAAAAUGUCCUCCGAGAAUGGGCCAAAGGGGCAAAGAGAGGAGGGGAGUAA